UGCACAGAAUAGGCCCCUUUUAAAUCUAUCGUCUCCAUAAAUCUGUCGUCUCAAUCCAGACAGGUGAGGCUUGAAGCGCUAGUACGAGGGUCGAAAACCUGGGCACUAUUAUUUAGUGUCUUACUGCCCACAAAUUACAAAGUGCGCUGCCAGGUGUAAGCUAUACCAACAAAUUCACUAUCCACCUCCUUCUCGAUGAGGACAGGCACCGAGUAAUAGCCAUGUCGUUCCUGGGCCACAAGUUUUUCAGUAUAUUAGUGGAAUUUCAAGAAUCCUAGAACUCCGGCUAUUAUUUCAGCGCAGCAAAGUAAUUGCUAUGGCUUCGGCAAGUGAAACUGACAAACCGAAACGAAGCGAAGUUUCGAAUGAAAGAGAAGAGAGAAAGGAGUUGAAGUACAGAGGGGUGCGCCGUCGGAGUUGGGGAAAAUGGGUGUCUGAAAUUCGGGAGCCGAAAAAGAAGAGCAGAAUAUGGCUCGGCUCACAUGACAAUCCUCACAAAGCUGCUCGCGCCUACGAUGCUGCUGCUCUGUGUUUGAAGGGUCCCUCCGCUCUGCUCAAUUUUCCUCACGCUGCCCACACUCUGCCCCGCCCCACUCAAUCUCUUCCCCAAGACAUCCAAUCCGCUGCUUUGGAGGCUGCGCGCUCAUUCGAUGCGCACAAACUGCUUAUACUUUCUCCCCCCUCAUCAUACUCCCUGCAACCCCAACCCUCAGAUCCCCCUGAAGAAGAUAUCGAGAGACAAAAUUGCUGUGAAUCGAGCAACGGAGAAACCCAUGAGCAGGCUGAUACAAUGCAGUCAAUGGGCGAAGUGGAUUCGUGGGCAGAUUUGCUGGUGGCCGAGUCGCCCAAUAUGAUGUUGAGUAUGGCGGAGGGUCUUCUUCUCACACCUCCUCGAAUGGAUGAAUACGAGGAGGAGAGUAAAUCAAUGGAGCCUCUUUAUUCCCUGUGGAAUUAUUGACUGAUUACAGAGUGUCUUUUUCUAACUUUGGUUACUGCAUGCAGAUUAUAGUUACUAACUGUACUGGCUUAGUGUAAAGUACGGAAUGCAUUGGCCGACUCAUUCGGCUCCCUUACAGACAUAUUUUGGUUAAUUA